AUGUUGGUUGGUGCUUGCUACCCUACUAGUAUAUAUACACAAUUACUGUUGGAGCCUGAAAAGUAUCCUGCCCAGGUAGUGCGGGAGUAUUGCGGAGGCGAGUCAUAUGGCUGUAGCCGGAUACCGCCAUGGGUGCGACUGUGUCAGCCAAUAGGGCCGGGUCCCGAGAACGAAAAAGCGGUUACCGGUACCGCGACCCCAACCGAUGAAGGUGGUCAGGGCGGUGGCGGUGGUCAGGGCGGUGGCGGUGGUCAGGGCGGUGGCGGUGGUCAGGGCGGUCGUGUUGGAGGUCGUGUUGGAGGUCGUGGUGGAGGUGUUGGCGGGAGGCUUCGGAAUGGUGGGCAGCAGACCCCGCCUGUGCAGACCCCGCCUGUGCCGCGUCUGGCAGUCCUGCCUGGAGAUCAUGUUACUCUACUUUGGAAUAACGAGCAACCGAACCAAGUGCUUCCUGACUCGCCGACCUUUCAGAAGUUUAACAUCUACCAAACGUGUUGCCCUAACCAGUCAUUCUAUGGCGACCAUUUAAGUUCGAGCAUAGAGCGACCCGACCAGUCGAUAUGCAUGCUUACGUGGCAACAGAUCUAUUCUUUUUGUAGUAUCCAUGAUCUGGUUAAAAUCCGAUCACUCCUAGCUCAAUUAAUUGGAAGCAGAAACAAGAGUCAAGGUGACCAUCAAGGUAAAGUGGUUCCCCAAGGUAAAGUGGUUCCCCAAGGUAAAGUGGUUCCCCAAGGUAAAGUGGUUCCCCAAGGUAAAGUGGUUCCCCAAGGUAAAGUGGUUCCCCAAGGUAAAGUGGUUCCCCAAGGGGGACAAGUAUCUGGUAGAAGUGUUUGUAGAUCAUUUACAAAGAUCUUGGUUCACCUGGAAUUGUACAGCAGUCAUGAACGGUUAGCUAAACCAGUGGAGAUUGACUAUUUUCAAGAGCUAGUGAAUUUUGAUUCUAGAAAUUUGUCAAGAUUAGCGUUCAAGGUCCACUGGCACUGCUCCUCUCAAGUGAGCCAGGAAAGGCGUCCGGGUCGUAUUACAAUCUUUUUUUACAGACUCACAAGCAAUGCCAAGACAUCAUCCACCAAGACAUCAUCCACCAAGACAUCAUCCACCAAGACAUCAUUUGCCGGUUACUCUCGCUUUUACCGAAGUGAAUUGCCGUGCAGAUACAAGGACAUAACGUUAUCUGGUUAUGAGCUAAUUGAUUACAUUGUAGCACCACCAUUAGCAUUCCACGAAGUACGAACCGACCACUGGGACUUACCAGGCGAUUUGUGUGACCAGUCGGACAGAAUAGUUAUCUCCUAUCAGAGAGGACUGGCUGCCGAUUGGUUCGCACAGGGCGUGGCCUGUACGACUAUUUCCUCCAUCGAAUUGCUCACAUGUCAGUUCCACCAUUUCAAGCCAUUCAACUUAUCCAAGUGGUGCAACACAUACAACAAUUUACAGCUACACAAACCACCACUAACAGCUACACUAACAGCUACACUAACAGCUCCACUAACAUGUCAUGAGUCAUUAAUGGUCGAUUUUGGUAUCAGCCAUGUCGACUUGAAGAAGUGUUUGUUGAAAGUAUAUCGAGCGUACAAACCCAAAACAAAAAAAUCCACUCUUGUCCAAGCCAACCCAGCGUCUGAGUCCGUCUACUUCCCACUGAAACUCGACUCUGCUCCGAAUGUCGAGUCCCCUCCAAAUGUCGAGUCCUCGCCGAAACAUUGGAAUCGAGGUGACUCGGAGGGCGACACGAGAUCGGACACGCCUGUGCUGCAGCCCACUACCCGACUCGGUCGCCACCAUUCACCGAACCAGUUCUCGCCUCGAGGUUGUCUGGCGUCAGUGCGGGAGGCACUUCGAAUGUGCAAAUUAGAUGUCACUCUUGCGGCUGCGGGACCCAUGGCUGUCGGUGGUAAUAGUCUUGUGGAGGGCAGCAGUCUUGUACAUAAUAUUAUCCUGGGAAUCCCACGUCGCAAUUGUCCUGGGAAUCCCACGUCGAGGAUCUAUGGCCUUGGGACGGCUGCGUCCUGGGUAGGUACUAUCUUGUCAGUACGACGGCGUCGCAGCCGGAACGCCGACAGGAGGCCGGGACAGUACCUAUCUCGAAGACGAUGGACUAAAGGCAUGCUGACUUUGCCUGCUCCGUUCCGGGGCACUGCUCCGCUCCGGGGCACUGCUCCGUUCCCGGACACGAAGGAGUACGGGGGAGCCUGGCCCUCGCAGCCCAGGUCCUCACAGUCCAGGCUUUCGCAGUCCAGGUCCUCGCAGUCGGAACCAAUCGCUCCUGUCUUACAGCCUGGGUUCCAGACCCAAGUUGGCACUCCUGUCUGUGCGCAUCGACAUCUGCUGCAGCCGCGUCCGCACGUGAAGGUGUUGCGGCGCAUACUUGGCUACCUCGGGCGGUUCGAGCAGAACCCUUUACGGUCGUGGUUGUUGUUGCCGGUGUUAGCUUCAGAGCCAUCGCAAUGGGCCAACCGGCGCAUGACGGGCCAAGUGUGGGCGAUCGUAAAGCCUGCGCCGGGGGCUAGGUGCAUCGACGUCCUUGGCUUCAAGCCUCUGAGUGCUGUACGUCUGGAUGCAGACGUCCCGCCGCGCCGACAGAACCCCGUUGCCUUCAAUUCCUUCCGCCAACUUCAGUUCGAUAACGAAGACCUCUUCGCGGACGCCGAACCCCAGGACCUGGCAAACGGCCAAGAUUUGAUGGAUGGCGGUCUUGGUCAAGAUUCAGAUGACCAAGACCCAGAGCCACCAGAAAACCGCCAGAGGCGGAAAGUCAUACACUCUAUUCCAAUCAACGACGCAGCCGAUAACCAGCUCUGCGACCGACCCGUCAAAAUCCACCUCCGCAAUGCCCCAGGCUUCCCCAUCUUGGCACCUGGCCACAUCUACCGCUGCUUCGUCGCCGAAGUCUUCUGA